AGUGCGUGUGUGACAAUGGAUUUUACAAGAUUCAUGAAUAAAUUCAACGAAAUCGAACGCCAACUUUCGCCCACAUCGGCGCUGCGUCUGAGCUUUGAUAAUAUAUCGCCGGAGAGCGAGGAGCCGCCCGAUGGCAAGCGGCUGUGGGGUGUGCCAGUGCCGCCAUUUGUCUCCGAUAAGGUCGUCUCCUGGAUCGAGGAGGAGUUCAACGAGGCGCCCGUUUACUACAACGGCAACUGUGUCCUAAAAAAGGUGGAAAAUGUGCGCAUGAUUGAUCGCUACAACACUAAAAAUCCUACAGUUGGCACUUUGUAUCUGACGGCCACGCAUCUGAUAUUCGUGGAGCCCGACAGCAAUAAGGAGACCUGGAUUCUGCACAUGCACAUUGCCAGCAUUGAGAAGCUGCCGCUUAGCACAACCGGCUCGCCGCUCUUGAUACGCUGCAAAACCUUUCUGUCGGUGACAUUUGUCAUACCCAAGGACUCCGAGUGCCAUGAUGUUUAUACUUCGCUAAUCAAACUCUUUCAGCCGGUCUCCAUCAACAAGUUAUACUGCUUCAACUAUCAGCCGGCCAAGGAUGAUUACCCCAAAAAUGCUGGCUGGGACUUUUUCAAAUUGGAGGCAGAGUUUAAGCACAUGCUGGUGCCCAACGACAACUGGACGCUGUGCUCCAUGAACGAAAAGUACGAACUGUGCGACACGUAUCCGCGUCAGAUCUAUGUGCCCAAGGAGGCCACCACAUUGAUGCUCAUAAGCAGCUCACGUUUUCGUUCCAAGGGUCGGCUGCCCGCUUUGACCUAUUUGCACAACAAUAAGGCGUCCAUAUGCCGCUGCAGUCAGCCAUUGUCGGGCUUCAGUGCCCGUUGUCUCGAGGACGAGCAAAUGCUGGAGGCCAUACGCAAAACCAAUCCCAAUACCGAUUACAUGUUCGUUGUGGAUACGCGACCGCGCAUCAAUGCCAUGGCCAAUCGUGCCGCCGGCAAGGGCUAUGAGAACGAGGCCUUUUACGAGAACAUCAAGUUCCAUUUCCUUGGCAUUGAGAACAUUCACGUACAGCGCGCCAGCCUACAAAAGGUGCUGGAGGCUUGCGAACAGAAAUCACCCACAAUGAGCGCAUUUCUGAAUGCCCUAGAGUCAUCCGGCUGGCUAAAACACAUUCGCUCCAUAUUGGACACAUCGAGCUUCAUUGCCAACGCCGUCGACAAGGGCGUCUCCGUGGUUGUACACUGCUCGGAUGGCUGGGAUCGCACUGCUCAAGUGUGUUCGCUGGCGCAGCUCAUGUUGAAUCCUUACUAUCGCACAAUUAAGGGCUUUCAGGCGCUCAUCGAGAAGGACUGGCUGGCGUUUGGGCACAAGUUCAGCGAACGCUGCGGCCACAUACAAACGGAUGCGCGCGAGGUGUCGCCCAUCUUUACGCAGUUCCUGGACUGCACCUGGCAGCUGAUGUCGCAGCGCAGCGAAUCCUUUGAAUUCAAUGAACGCUUUCUGCUCAUACUCCAUGACCAUGUGCACUCGUGUCAGUUCGGCACUUUUGUGGGCAAUUGCGAGAAGGAUCGCCUGGACCUGAAGCUAGCCGAGCGCACAUUCUCGCUGUGGGGCUACAUGGCCAACCACCUGAACGAGUACAUAAAUCCGCUGUACAAACCCAACAUAGACGAGUCGAUCAAAGCCAACCUGGCGCCACAGUGCAUCAAGUUCUGGCGUGGCAUGUACAGCCGCUUUGAGAGCGGCAUACACCCACGCGAGCCAUUGGGUGAUUUGCUGCUGGACAGCAAGGAGCACUGUAACUCCCUGGAGGAUCAUGUGCAGCACUUGACGAAACGCAUUGCCAGUUUCAAAAACUACAUUUCCAAGUCGGCCAAGAAGCUGCAGGAUGCCACCACCACAACCUCCACAAAAGCUACCAAGGAGGCGGCCACCAACGAGAUCAAUGACAACAAAUACAAUUAUGACAAGAAGCUAAGCGAAUUGUCCGCCGCUGAUGAUGAUCAUCCGCUUAAGGCGAGCAACAUGUCAUUUGCCAAUCUCUCGUUAAAUGCCGAACAGGCGAACACCCAGACUUUGACCGAGGAAAUCUCUUCCGUGGCCCUUGAUUGGAAGUCCAUGCGAAACGUAACCACCUGCUCCUGCUCCACUCCCUUCGAUCAGUUCAGCAAGAAGACACAUUGCUGGCGUUGCGGCGAGAUCUUCUGUGAGCGUUGCAUUGAUAAGAACGUGGCGUUGCCUGGACACGAUAGCGGCAAGGCGGUGCCCGUUUGUCGUGGCUGCUACCGACAGAUGCAAAAGCAGAGUCCAUAAGCCCAGUUCUAGCAUAAUCCUA